GCACGCGCGAUGCGUGUGCGCAUCCUGUGAUUGGCUGCCGGCAGUGUGCCUCUGAUCACCACUUGUACUCAAUUACCAAUCAAAAGUUUGUUACGAGCACUUAGUGCCACGAUCCCACUGUCCUGUCCCGUUAUUGCAAAGUCAACCACUCCCUCAUUGAGGCUGAAAGAGGAGAGGGAAACAUUUACCGAGAAGGAGCUAGAAUGAACGGCAUGGUUUGGGGACUCUUUCAUCACCUGCCGUGUUUCAUGGAGUCGGACAGCAAAAGUUUCCAGCCCUGGAGAGACUACAUAGGACUGUCGGACACAAUCAAAGAGAUCCUGGGCCGGAACACCGUCACUGAGUCCCCACUGGCAGUCUCCAAAUCUCCGCACUCAGAUUCUGGUGACCUCUGCGAGGAACUGGAGUCAUUGCGCAUUAACGCAGUCUGCCAAAGUGGCGACCUCGGCGCAGACUGUGUGCCACAUCUCCCCGCUGUAUCUGCACCGCCAGGCUCUGUGGCUCAUCGGCGUCCGCCUGAUGCUCCGUGGUACACCGGAGACCCCUUUCGCGCCGCUGAGCCACCAGACGCGGUGAGUUCAAAGCCGCUGCUAAAACCGACGGGCUCCCGGGGGCCAAAAGAGCGCAAGAAGACCGGUCGUUUCAAAACACCAGAUCCACCAGCCUUACCUCCGCCGCCCGAGCGCAUGUUCUGCAGUUUCUGCAAGCACAACGGGGAGUCCGAGCUGGUGUACGGAUCCCACUGGCUGAAGAACCAGGCCGGAGAUGUUCUGUGUCCCUAUCUGCGGCAGUAUGUGUGUCCUCUGUGCGGAGCCACGGGGGCCAGAGCUCACACCAAGCGCUUCUGCCCAAAGGUGGAUUUUGCAUACAGCUCCGUGUACGCAAAGUCCAGACGAUGAGCCAAGCAGCAGGUGGCAGGUACAAAUAGACCCAGAAGGCUGAGUACUCCUUUAGUGAGUGUGUUUUUUGUUUACUAGCACGCGUGUUUUUGCUUUUGUGUGGUUUGGUUUUUAUUAGCAUGCUUUGGCACGUUUGUAGUAGCCUUCUAUAGUGCUGAUUGGAGUUAUUUUCCAGCUGCUCUUUGUCCAGCCUCCUCAAACAGCGUCCGUUUGGUGAUUUUUGUAAGACACUUACAAGACUGCCUGAAAUAUAUCUAUAUAUGUGUGUGUUUGUUUUACAUAUUUUUAAAACGUGGCCUCUGAUGUCCAGUUCCAUAUUUCCUGUCCAUGCAUUGAAGGAUUAUAACACUAUCAACCCUUAAUAAGACGUACAGUCAACAGUAAUAGCUUUACUACAGCACGCACACAUCAUGUGACCAUGUCAGCAUUUUAAAUUUUUUAAAAAUAUGAGUGACUUGUUCUUGUUCCGAGGUGUAAAUACCUGUUCUUGAGGCAUGCUAUUUUAUUUUGAAUAUUGUGAAUGUGGCACUUCUAAAAUGCCAUUUCGGCUCUUCUGACUUUUGUGUCAAAAAAAUAUUUGUGUGAAUAUUCUUGGAUGCCAAAAUUUAUAAAUGUCUAAAUUGACAA